CAUAGGACGAAGAGCUCAUCAAAACAAAAAAAGUCACCCUACAGUUAUGUGUUCGUUGAAGCCAUCCCAGCAAGUGAUGAGUACUUUGAAGCUCAAGCUCACUUGUACAAACACAUUUUAAGCUACAUUAAUGCCGCAGUUCUCAGGUGUGCUGUUCAGCUAAGAAUUCCAGACAUAAUCCACAACCAUGGCCAACCCAUUACUAUUCCUCAAUUAGCCUCCAAUCUUGAACUUCACCCGACAAAAUUUGCCUCUCUAGAGAAGCUUGCUCGCCUACUGGUGCACAAUGGCUUCUUAGCAGCAGAAAAAAGAGUGAACGAGGAAGAUGAAGAAAUGGAGGCAUACACUCUCACUCCAUCUUCUAAACUACUCGUUAAAGGCAUGGAACCAAACCUAGCACCAAUGGUGUUAUGGUUUGCUGAUGCUGGUCUCAUGGCUGACUUUGAUUUUUCAGGAAGUUGGUUCAAAGGUGAGGCAAAUAUAAUGGCUAAGAGUGCCUUUGGGGGUGGUGUUUGGGAUGUAUUUGAACGUGAGUCUCAAAAAUUUAAGUGUUUCAAUGAAGCCAUGGUGAGUGAUUCACAAAUGAUUAGCGUGGUGUUGAGAGACUCUAAGUCAAUCUUCCAAGGAUUAGAAUCCAUAGUUGAUGUUGGAGGUGGCACAGGCACUACAUGCAGAAUCAUUUCCGAAGCAUGCCCAAAUCUAAAAUGCUUAGUGUUUGAUCUUCCACACGUUGUGGAAAACUGUUUAGGAAGCAAUAACUUUAGUUAUGUUGGUGGUAGCAUGUUUGAAUCCAUCCCUUCCGCCGAUGCUGUUCUUCUAAAGUGGGUAUUACAUGAUUGGGAUGAUGAAGAUUCUUUGAAGAUCCUGAACAAAUGUAAGGAGGCAAUCACAAAGAAAGGCAAAGGAGGAAAGGUGAUAAUCAUUGAGGCAGUUAUAAAGGAGAAGGAAGAUGACAAUGACAUGAGACAUGUGAAACUCUUAUUCGACGUUAUGAAGAUGGGUUGCCUCAAUGGGAAAGAAAGAACUGAACAAGAAUGGAAGAAGCUUCUAGAAGCUGCAGGCUUCAAACAUUACAAGAUUACACCUCGGUUUGGUUUUAGGUCAAUCAUUAAAGCCUAUCCAUAAUCAUUAUCUUGCUUUUGAGACUCUCUUCUUUCCUCCUCGUAUUACAAUAUUACUUCUUGUUUUUGUUUUAUGUCAAUCAUUGAAGAUUGUUCUUAAUCAUUAUCUAUCUACUUUUGAAACUC